UGACGUGGCGGUACGCAGGCGCAACCAGCUCCAGCUGCCUAACACAAGAGCAUCACACCGCGCACUGAAACUUCCCACUAGAGAGACAGUAACUUAACCUUAGAUUUGGCUUCUGAUCCGUCAUCAUGGGGCUUACCAUUUCCUCGCUCUUCGGGAGACUCUUUGGGAAGAAACAGAUGAGAAUACUUAUGGUGGGUCUGGAUGCUGCUGGCAAAACGACAAUAUUGUACAAACUAAAGCUUGGAGAAAUCGUGACUACCAUUCCAACCAUUGGAUUUAACGUCGAAACUGUUGAAUAUAAGAAUAUCUGCUUCACUGUUUGGGAUGUCGGUGGCCAGGAUAAGAUUCGUCCACUUUGGAGACAUUACUUCCAGAACACUCAGGGUCUGAUCUUUGUGGUGGACAGCAAUGACAGAGAGAGAGUAUCUGAGUCUGCUGAGGAGCUCUCCAAAAUGUUGCAGGAAGAUGAACUGAGGGAUGCUGUGCUGCUGGUGUUCGCAAACAAACAGGACCUGCCUAAUGCCAUGGCAGUCAGUGAACUUACAGACAAAUUGGGCCUGCAGAGUCUACGUAGCAGAACGUGGUAUGUUCAAGCUACCUGUGCUACACAAGGCACUGGGCUCUAUGAAGGACUAGACUGGUUAUCCAAUGAGCUGUCCAAACGCUAGUGCCUUUUAAAAGGAAGAGGCAGGGAGAAUGUGUAAACGAGUGAUAGGUCUAUGGACUCUGUUUCGAAAAACCAGUGUGUAUGAUGGGACUGAAAGUUGGGAAGGAGCCAGUUUUCACAAAUUCAGCACCCAUUAUGUUUUAGCUUCCUCUUCUACUCUGUAUUCUUUUCUCACUUCAUUUUUAUUUCAAUAAUGCAUUUCCUUAUUGCUGAGAUGAGGGGGUAUUAUGUAGGGCCAUAUUUCUGGUGGCUCUUCCAGUCUUUCAAAAUAUCUACAGCAAAAAGAGGAACCUGGCCAUACCCAAUCAGGGUUUGGUUUUUGGAUUUGCACAGAGCAAGCUGAUUACAUUUGUUGAUACAUAGCUUGAAGUAGCAUGACAUUCAUUUAUGUUCACCACAACAGAGCAAAUAUAUAAACAUGAUUCAUCUUCCAGUUUGUCACUGUGAACCAACACAGGUCAAUCAUUAAUAACUAACCCUGUAAUUUAAGAUCAAGUCCAGUAUCCUUGGUAGUACUUCAGGUCCACCACCCCUCUUGUUUUUAAACCAUUAGUCCUAAACCAAUAGUCCUGUUCUCUUAUGGGAAUAGCAGUGUAGUUAAAAGUUGGAAAAACAGCUCAUUGAAAAAUGGGUAGCAGGAAACAAUUUAAGCAUGUCUACUGUAGGUCUACAAUUUUGAAUGAAAUAGGUUUAUAUGGUCCAUUGUAGCCAGUGAGUCUCUGUAGACCCAGUAGACUGCUGUUAGAGGUUUUAAGCUCAAUUUUUUUACACACACUAGACUCAACAUUCCUGAAUCAGCACGCACUUGCUGAUUUACUCAAGACAGAAACUUAUUUAAGUGUGAACGCCUUAGCUUCUUCCAGCCAAAGUGUAAGGCUGAUUGUUAAAAGAUCUGUUUUUGGCAUACAGAUUUGACCCAAGUUUCAGAAAUAAAGAGGAUAAGAUGUGUUUGGGCCAUGAUGGGUAAUGAGGGAAAUCUCAAACUGACCGGGUUACUUUAUUUUUGUUUUAAAUUUGGUAGCAGUUUUUGUGUCAGUCAUGCUUAUGUCAGAAAUGUCUGUUGCUGGUAUUAUAUGCUAAUCCCUAGAGUGCUGCUGGAGUUUGCCAUUGACAUUUGAGACUUUUUGUGACUACAACCCUCCUUUGAUUGCAGUUACAGUGUACUGAACUUGCCUUUCAAGGGAUGUUAAACAGAUUCUCAUUCAGUUGGACCCAAUUAUCAAGGUGAUGUUUGUGUACUUUAUGUAUAAUACUGUUUUAGAAUAAAAACCAUGUAAAACUGA